AUGGAGGAUGAAGUUGCAGGACGAACAGCGGAUCAACAACUGGUCAUCAAAACCAUAUCCGCACGAUUAGUCCAACUCUACCUCGAUGCUGAUCGGCUUUUAAGAGAUGCAGAAGGAGUAGCGGCACAAUACAGACAAGUUGCAGAAGAGUUGGCUGAUGUAUGCAGGAAGGCCGUAGUUCUUCUGCAGGUUGCACCAAAAUCUCAGUUUUCUGUAACUGUCCUCAGAACAGCCCUCUCUGGCGCUAAUAUCAUGAUCCCAGUCUUGCAGCAACGUGUUAAGAAUUGGGAUGCAUUUGUGCGAAUAAGAGAGGGAGCGAAAAUUGAAUUGAACAAUCUGCGAAAGCUGCUCGACGAAGUGCUGACAAAACCAAGAAGAUCUAUCAAUGACGUUAAAAGGGACUUCGAUGUAGUUUCAGAGAAGAGAAGAAAGACGAGUAAUGUUAACAACAAAGUUCGUCAAUCUCAACAGAUUCCUGGACUUUUCCAUCCUCUGGACAGCGCUUAUGCGGACGUUGGAUUCUUCGACGUUGGCGCACAACAAAUGGAGAAGUAUGAUGAAGCAUUGAAUGAGAUGUCAGCUGAAAUCGAGGACGAGAAUCUGUUCUGUGACGCAGUAGAUCACUUCAACGCCGAGCUGAAACCCAUCUGCGAUUUGCUAUCCAGAGAGCCCAACCAAGAUAAUAUUAGGCAUGUCGAAAAGUUCCAACUUCCGACACUUCGAACAGAACUAGCGAUGCUGAAGAAGAAGUACGACGAGGCUUAUCAUGUUCGUAGGUAUGUGAAUCCAGACUCCUCUCGCAUCGCUGCCAUAGAAGAUCGCAUGAAGAUCCUUGGCUCGAUGCUAGAAGAUGUCAAGAAAGCCGAACAGAAGCGUAUCAUGGUUAUGGUCACCGAACGAUUGUCGCAACUCAAAACGAUUCCUGUCCUCGAAGUUACCCAAGACUCGCUGGAUGAGAUGGAAAACCAACUUCAAAUUCUUCCUAAAGAGCAGGCUGAUGAACUUCAAAGACAAAUCGAAAACCUACGAAAUGCCAAAAAGCGGCAUCUUAACUUUAUUCAUGGCACUGUCUUGACACACGUCGAAGAUGCAACUACUUCCUUUCCAACACAAGACACCCCUCAACAAAAUUAUUCUCGAGUGAAGGUGUGUUGGCGGAUCCAUCUCAAGCGCGCUUUGUGUUUGAGAGUAGCGCAACGUGGUUUACUGAAUGUGCCAAACCAUAAUGUUUGCAAAAAAGUAAAGCAGCGUCUUAUUAAAAUGGAGGAUGAAGUUGCUGGACGAACAGCGGAUCGACACCUGACCGAUGCUAUCGAAUUCAUAUCCAAACGAUUAGCCCAACUCUACGUCGAUUGUGAUCGCCUUUUAAAUGAUGCAGGAGGAGAACCGAUACGAUCUAGACCAACCGCAGAAGAGUUGCUUGAUGAAUGCAAAAAGGCCGUAGCUCUUCUGCAGGAUGCACCAAAAUCUCUUCCUUCUGUGCAAGCCCUCGAAGCAGUCCUAUUUCCUGCACAAAUGAUGUUUGCAGAAUUGCAAAGAGAGGUUAACUUCUGGGAUGCAUUUGUGCAAAUAAAACAAAUAACAAAAUCUAAUUUCGACAAAUGGCGAAUGCUACUCGACAAAGUGUUGGCAAAACCAAGAAGAUCUAUCAAGGACGAAAGAGGCUUCGAUGUAAUUUCUGAGGAGAGGAAAAGAACGGAUGUUUGUGAUGUUUAUUACUACAUGAGUGAACUUCGACAGCUUAAUGAACUUCUCCAUCCUCUUAAGAGCGCCCAUGCCGAAUUUCAAUUCAUCGACGAGGCAUUGCAUGAGAUGUCAGCUGAAAUCGCAGACGAGAAUCUGCUCUGUGACACAAUAGAACACUUCCACACAGAGAUGAUUUCCAUCUAUCAUCUGCUAUCCAAAGAAGACAACCAAGAGAUCAUCAAGGAUGUCGAAAAAUUCCAACUUCCGGCACUUCGAGAACAACUAGCAAUGUUGAAGGGGAAAUUCGAAGAGGCUAACCAUGCUCGUAAGCAUGUGGAUCCAGACUCCUCUCGCUUCGCUGCCCUAGAAGAUCGUUUGAAAACCCUUGACUUGAUGCUAGAAGAUGCCAAGAAAGCUUUUGAGAAGGACGAACAGAAGCGCAUUUUCGUAGGGAUUACCGAACGAUUGUCGCAACUCAAAACGAUUCCUAUCCUCGAACUCACCGAAGAUUCACUGAAUGAGAUGGAGAACCAAAUUCAAACUCUUCCUAAGGACCAGGCUGAUAAACUUCAGAAGGAAAUCGAAGACUUGCGAAAUGCCAAAAAGCGACACUUUGACUUUAUUCAUGGCACUGUCUUGACAUACGCCGAAGAUGCAACUGCUGCCUUUUCAACAGCUCGAGACAUUCCUCAAGAAAAUUCUUUUCGAGUGAAGAACUCUUCGAAGCUUACGAUGGACGUGACGUGCCAUUCUGCGAGCAACUGUGUACGGAGUUUGAAAGUGGAAAUACAAGUACGCAAUGGUCCACUGGGAGAGGCCUUGCUGACAUAUUCCGACGCAGGAUACUGUGUAGCUAAGCAGAAGUUUUGCGGAUUCGAGUGGGAAUUCAAGCCAACAGUCAACGAAGAUCAUGUGUCCAUCACGUUGUGGUGCAAUCCUGAAGUGGAAUCCGAUUCAUGGCGCUGUGCGACUCUUAUCACCGUGUAUGGUUGCGCGGGCGUCGAUGGUGAAAGUACUUUGCUGUAUAGGUCGUCACACAUCUUCCACAAUGAGUUUCGCUCGACGAGCAUCAUAAUUCCUCGCGUUGAAUUGGAUAACGAUGGUACACUGGGAAUUCUCAAUACUUCCGGUUGUUCCAGAGAAGCUGCCAUGCCUGAUUCGAAGUUUACAAAACCAUCGGAAUUCAGCAAUGCCUGCAUCGCUUUCAAGAACAGCGACAUGCGUGUUUUUGUGAAUAAGGAGUAUCUACUGAUCAAUUCGCGAAAAUUUGCAACGUUGUUCACUCCGGAGCGUCCUGGAUCUGCUGCUUCCAAUUUGGAUAAGUCCGAAACUGGAGAUGAUUUCGACGUUCUGAGUUCGCGAGCCAGUGUGCCUGGACAGUCUUUGGAAGAUGAUAGCGGUCCCAAUACUCUUCUUUCUUCUCGGGGUGGUGAUGUUCCAACAGUUGUCUGCCACGAAGAAGGAGUAUUUUUGCUGGAAGAUAUAAACAUCAAAGAUUUCAUUACGUUUUUGGGAACUAUCUAUCCACCCUUUAAUGACAUCACAGGUGAAAACGUGGAAAGCGUUUUACCGACGGCUUUCCGCUUUGAUGUUGAGCACAUUGUGAAGAAAUGUGAGAUUUAUCUGGGGAGUGAAGAUGCUAGGAAAUUGUUUGACCUUUUUCAAAGACUCGUGUUCGCUACAACCUACAACAUGAGUUCUCUUCAGAAAGAUUCCUUGGCAUUGCUCCAAAAUGCUCGUGAUGUUCUGUCAUUGCUGGAUGAUCCACGUUUGCAAAACGUUUCUUCGGACUUACGUUCUAUACUGCUGGAAACGUUACUCGAACGUUUUAGAUCCGAGGCACGGACAACCUCUGAAGCUGAUGAGGCAUCUACGGCCUCGGAUUUUUAA